GGGGAGAGAGGCAUAAACAACGCAAGUUUAUCCUUCUCUACGUAGCUUUUAGGCUGAUAGUGACACUUCCGCCUCUGGUAUAAACUACUGUUUAUUAUUUUAUAAUGAUUCAUAGCGCUUGUGGCUGAAAUGCAGGGUGAAGAGCCCUCCUUGGCAAGCUGUCCCCCCUCGCUCCCUCCGAGUAGGCCGGCCCGGCUCGUCAUGCUGCCCGCUGCGGAAGGGGCGGGCGCGGCUGAGGGUCAGCGCGGCCGCCGCGGGGAAGGCGUCGGUGCCGCUACCGCCAUGGCGCCGCCGCCGCCGGGACAGACCCGGCUCCCGGACUGGGACGGGCUGAAGCUCCGCGUGCGGACCCUCAUCGCCUCGCACCGCGUCAUGAUCUUCAGCAAGAGCUACUGCCCCUACUGCAACAAGGUGAAGGAACUCUUCCGCUCCCUGCGUGUGGAGUACUAUGCUCUGGAACUGGAUGUAACUGAUGAUGGAGCCAGUAUUCAGCAAGUAUUGGCAGAGCUGACCAACCAGAGGACAGUGCCUAAUGUAUUUGUGAAUGGAACUCACAUUGGUGGCUGUGAUGCAACAUUUCAGGCUUAUAAGGAUGGAUCACUGCAGAAACUCCUUGGGGAUAAUCAAAUUACAGAACCCUAUGAAUAUGAUCUCAUUAUUAUUGGUGGUGGCUCAGGUGGACUUGCAUGUUCUAAGGAAGCUGCUGCCUUGGGAAAGAAAGUAAUGGUUUUAGAUUAUGUUGUUCCAACACCUCUUGGAACCUCAUGGGGACUUGGUGGCACGUGUGUAAAUGUAGGUUGCAUUCCCAAGAAGCUGAUGCAUCAAGCAGCACUUCUGGGUCAGGCACUCCAAGAUUCAAGGAAGUAUGGGUGGCAGUAUGAAGAACAAGUUAAACACAACUGGGAGACCAUGGUAGAAGCAAUUCAGAACUACAUUGGUUCUCUAAACUGGGGCUAUCGAGUGUCUUUGAGAGAGAAGUCUGUGACAUACCUCAAUUCUUAUGGAGAAUUCGUGGAACCACACAAAAUCAAGGCAACUAACAGAAAAGGACAAGUAACCUAUCACACAGCAGAGACUUUUGUGCUGGCUACAGGAGAAAGGCCAAGAUACCCAGGUAUCCCUGGAGAUAAAGAAUUCUGCAUUACCAGUGAUGACCUCUUCUCCCUGCCUUACUGCCCUGGCAAGACUCUGGUUGUGGGUGCUUCCUACGUGGCUCUGGAGUGUGCAGGGUUUCUGGCUGGCCUGGGUCUGGAUGUCACCGUGAUGGUGCGUUCCAUCCUUCUGCGGGGUUUUGACCAAGAAAUGGCAGAAAAAGUCGGCGCCUACAUGGAAACACACGGCGUGAAGUUCAUCAGGAAGUUUGUACCUGUUCAGGUUGAGCAGCUGGAGCAAGGAAUGCCAGGAAGACUCAAAGUGACAGCAAAGUCUACUGAGGGACCGGAAAUCCUUGAAGAAGAAUAUAACACUGUUUUGAUAGCCAUUGGUCGUGAUGCAUGUACCAGGAAUAUUGGUUUACAGACAAUUGGUGUCAAAAUCAAUGAGAAGAAUGGGAAAGUCCCAGUAAAUGAUGAAGAACAAACCAAUGUGCCUUAUGUUUAUGCGAUUGGGGAUAUCUUGGAGGGAAAGCUUGAACUUACUCCAGUUGCCAUUCAGGCAGGGAGACUGCUGGCCCAAAGGCUGUAUGGGGGUAGUUCCAAAAAGUGUGACUAUAUCAAUGUACCAACAACAGUGUUUACCCCUUUAGAGUAUGGCAGCUGUGGGUAUCCUGAAGAAAAAGCCAUAGAUGAAUAUGGAGAGCAAAACUUGGAGGUUUAUCACACCUUGUUCUGGCCACUUGAAUGGACAGUGCCUGGCAGAGAUAACAAUACCUGUUAUGCAAAGAUUAUCUGCAAUAAACAGGACAAUAACCGUGUGAUAGGACUGCAUGUUCUUGGACCCAAUGCUGGUGAAAUUACCCAAGGUUUUGCUGCUGCAAUCAAAUGUGGUCUCACCAAAGAAUUACUUGAUGAAACCAUUGGUAUCCACCCUACUUGUGCAGAGGUGUUCACUACAAUGGAUAUUACCAAAUCUUCUGGGCAGGACAUCACUCAGAAGGGCUGCUGAGGUUAAACCUGCUGCUUUACAUGUUUCCAUGUUGUGCACUCUCGGUCCUGUGGAAGCUCUAAGACAUCCAACUGCUUUGCAGCAGUGUGAAGGUUUGCAUCAGUGCCACUGUAGGUGCUGCAGCUGGGAGUGGUGCCUUCGAGAGGCUUCCUCAGCACGAGUUGUGUUGCACAUGGGGCAGUAAUGCAGCAGGGAAAUCUCAGACUGUGAAUCCUGACCUUGCUUGGAUUAGCACUGCGGUGCUUUCUUGACGUUGUUGCUCAAAAUCUUCUUGUGAGGUGAGCUGCGACUGAUGCUGCCAGGCAAGGCUGGGAGGCUCCUGUCUAGUCAGAUGACUGAACUCCUCCUGAAGGAAAUUCUUAAAUUGCACAAAUUAAAGCUAAUGCUUCUAGUUCCAGUGUCUUGUACAAAUGCUUGAAAUAGAAGACCAAUAUAUAAUUGAGUGAUUCUUGCCAACAGUUUACAGUUGACUGAUUUAUCUUUUUGAUGCAUUUUGUUAUACUUAAUUGUAUGUUCAGUUGAGGCAAGAUGGCAUAAAUAGGAUGCAGUGUUGAGCAGUGCAGUUCAAGCACUAGUCUCCCAUCCCAACCAGUCUAAAACUUUAGAGUAAGUAACUGAAGACACCUCUGUUGCUCACAUUGACAGUUUUUUGACCUCAGGUGACAUCAUGUCUUCAAAAUAAAAAUUUGAUUUGUAGGUGUCUUGUGUGUCAAGGCUAAAGAGUGUUAAGUGCAAGACCAUGUCAGUUUGCUUAAAUCUGGUUUCAGCUCUGUAAUUUAAAACCUCACAGAACCCAGAAUUAUAUCUGUGCUGUGCUGAAGUCCUGGAGAAGCAGACUCUGUCCCACUAACACAGUAGGUGCCUGCCCAUGCAGGCAGAAGGGGGUGUACAGAGCUGCUCUGAUUCAUGUGGCAGCCCAGGGCAAUUUUGUGUAGUGUUGUGUACUGUCAGUACUUUGAAGCUCUCUUCAACCCCUAGCAUUCUGUCCUGGGGGAUUUGUGCUUGAAUCUGGCUCUUAGUUUUGUCACAAGAGCUGUUUUGAAAGACUGUUCUGAACAUUGUAUGAUAGUAACCAGUUUUUAACUAUUUAAUCUGUGACCUACCUACGUGGAAUUUGAAGUUCAAUAAACAAUGCAUACAACA